GAAACUGGGGGUGCUGCCUGCUGGGAAGGAAACUCAGAAGCACAGGGAGGACACUUUGUGGGGGUGACCCAGGCCUUGUCAGAACCUGAGAAUCUUGUGUGUGUGUGUGUGUGUGUGUGUGUGUGUGUGUGUGUGUAGGAGGUGAAUGAACCUGGCUGUGCCUUCCUCCUUUACCCCCAAACCUAAAAGGAAACUGGCCGCCCCCUGCCACACUUGAGGCUGCGUGACCACCCGGGGAAGUGGGGAGCCACUUCUGAAUUCGGAGUAGGACAGUGUCACCAAGCAGACAUCUGUUAUUCUGACCCAACCUGAGAGUCUGAGCAGUGCCAGGAAGGGGGCCCAGAGUGUGGGGGCUCAGUAAGCACCACAGCCAUGUUUCUGCGGCGCCUAGGUGGCUGGCUACCUCAUUUCUGGGGCCGGCGGAAACCAACUAAGCCAGACUUGUCUGGCCCAGAGCUGAGACGGAUGGACAGCUCCCCAGAGAAUUCAGGGAGUGACUGGGACAGUGCCCCCGAAACCCUGGGAGAUGCAAGGCCUCCCCAGGCCAAGGACUCAGGGACACGGAAGAGCUCUGAGACUGCUCCAGAACCAAGCAGGGCCCCCUCAGUUGCUCAACUGGGGAGCAGAAGAAUGGAUUCUCUCAAGUUGGACAAGGCUGUCACUGGUACUGAACAGACUGGGAGACUGGAGGCUGGAGGGGCCGUUGCCAAACUGGGACAGGAUCCUCUAGACUCAUGUGGUGCCAGGAGAGCCGGGGUGCUCCCUGAAGGGGGACUGAACCCCCGUGGGCCUGAAGCCCCAGUGGAGAAGCCAGGUCGGCGUCAGAAACUACUGGGCUGGCUGCAGGGGGAAUCAGGUGGUGGUGUAGGAGCUCCCCUGCCAUACCUGGGGGACCCAGAGGAACGUCUGCAGAUCUCCACCAACCUGACCUUGCACCUGCUGGAGCUGUUGGCCUCAGCCCUGCUGGGGCUGUGCUCCAGGCCGCUGCGGGCAGCCUUGGACGCAUUGGGUCUGCGCGGGCCACUGGGUCUCUGGCUGCAUGGGCUGCUGUCCUUCCUGGCUGCCCUGCAUGGGCUGCAUGCUGUGCUAAGCCUCCUUACUGCUCAUCCCCUGCACUUUGCCUGCCUCUUUGGCCUCCUGCAGGCCCUGGUGCUGGCUGUCAGUCUCCAGGAGCCCAGCAGGGAUGAGGAGGGCACUGACUGGGAGGGUGAGAGGUUGGGGAAGGAGGGCGAGGAGCAGAGGGGAGAUCCGGGAAAGGGGCUGUGACCAUGGGGUGGGGUGUGACCCAGGACCCCACCCUCAGUGAGAUGGGGGCAAGUAGUGAAGAUGGUGUGGCCUUCAGGAAGAGAGUAGGGGGCAUGACCCAGAUCGGGAGCAUAGGAACCUCAGGGAUGGGGAAGAAAACCCAAGGCAUGAGGGCACAGAGCCCUCUUCACACACAGGAGAGAACAGAGCAGCUUUAGGGUUUCUGUGUUUAUGGAUGGUGGGGCAUCGCCCUUGGAUUCACCAGCUGUUGUAACUUUUUACUUUUACAUUUCUCUCAGUUCCAUUUAAAAAAAAAAGGGGGGGGGGAGAGGGCGGGAUAAAUACUAAAGGGUUUUUUCUAUCUUUCAUAACUCCCCAAGGGUGGAGGAGACCAGAAGUAGGACAGACAGACCCCUGAGGUAAGAGGAUGGUCAAGGGAUCUCCUGCAUCCAGGGAUCUCAGCCAUCUUGGAAGAGCAGGCUGCUCGGCAGGUGGAUUGGAGCAUCUGGAUAGGGGCCCACAGGGGAUAGGGAGCCUGCAGGAAUCUUCACGGGGUACGGAAGGAGCAGGGGUGGUGCAGGCAGGUCAGACAGGCAGCAUAGGGGAGACACUGGAGUUUGCAGUUCCACUUUAGUUAGGAGUUUGCUCACUCAGCAAUAAAUUGUGUCACACCGAAUCCUAAAUAUACCACUACAAAGUGAGAGUUACCACCACUCAGUGUCCUUCCUGACGUCGUCCAGCUGGGGGUUUAGU